AUGUCAAGCUCGGACCGAACAUGUUGCGGUGUCGUAGAAGAGGCACGCACACGAGCACGCAACCGACGAGGAAACAAACCCCAGCCCUGGAUUGUUCUCAAGUUCGCCGUUAUAUUGACAUUAGCUCUGAUUGCAUAUACAAGCUAUGUGUACGUCGGUAUAUUCUGUAAGGAUAUGAUUGUAAAGAAUGAGAAUGCAUUGGGAAGUCUGACUACCGGCAUCGUGUUUCUGGUAAUAUUCAGCUUCCUUCUCUUGGUGACUUUAUGGUCGUAUUUCGCGGUUGGUCGGCAGAUCUCAAUGGUACUGGCUUCGUUAAACCUUUUUGCGUUUCCUCAGGUCGUGACCACAUCACCAGGGUAUCCAGCAGACGUAUGCAGUAUUCAGUCUUUCGUUAUACAUCUUCACCAAUUGCUUUUUCUCAAGUUUAUAGAAAAAGUAGAGCUUGAGCGGCCUGGGCAGCCACCAACACAUGCGCAGCAGCCUGCUACUUUCAAUGACACUCGUGGAAUGUCUUUCGAGCUUAUGUCCCCUGCAGUCGACGUAUCUAAUCAUGGCUCGGCCUUAUCAAAUUCAGGGAAUAAUGUACCUGUGACACACCCCGCUGUUCCAGCAGCAACGAAGCAAGACAGGGUUUAUCAUCCGACUCUUCAUUAUCAAGGCACGGCUACCCCUGGCGAAGCACACAUCGUGGACGUACCCGCCAAUCAUGAAUCUGUGCACGUCCCGGGUCCUGCACUACACCCACCCCACGAGAACCUCGGCAACCCCAACUUGGAUGCGUCUUCAGCCAUGUUUGCGCGACGGCCGUCGACGACACCUGUCCUUACCCCUGAGUAUCGUUUCUGCAAUAGAGACAGAAUCAUCAAGCCUCCUCGUACACAUCAUUGCCGAGCUUGUGGCACUUGCGUUCUAAAGUAUGACCAUCACUGUCCAUGGGUCGGGCAUUGCGUCGGUGCUUACAAUCAUAAGUUUUUUGUUAAUUUCGUGCAGUGGGCGUGGAUACUUUCCUUUUGGAUGUUCGCAACAGUCUUGGGUCUGAACAUCAAGUCGUGGAUGAGACCCUCGGCUCCCGCACUCAACCCACAAUAUAUUGUUUUACUGGCUCAAACAGCUCUCUUCGGCCUUUUCUGUCUCCUCAUGUUCCUGACGCAAGUGCAAUUGAUUAUGUUGAACCAAACGACUGUGGAAUCCCUUGGAUUCAGGUCGAUGCAGGAGCGCGAACAGGAUAAUCUGGCGCAUAUGCAUCGUUGGUAUGAAUGUAGAGCUAAGAAACGAACGCGGCUACGUUGGGAUAAGGAAUGGGGCAGGAUCGGCAAGGAGGGUAACCUCUGGUGGCUAGGAAGCCGUCGAGAAAACUGGGAAAGCGUCAUGGGCAAGAACGUGUGGUGGUGGUUCCUACCAGUCGGUCAUGGACUCGAUGGAAUGAACUUUCCCACAAACCCACGAUUUGACAAGGAAGGGAGAUGGAGGAGAAGGAGAGAGUGGCCUUCUGACUUGCGAUGA